UUGGAAAUCAGGAAUGCCCGAUCUAACGCUUCUCUCCUCGCCGACUUCAACCUCGAAUGCUUGGGUCUUGCUUGCAGGCCAGCGGAACUGCAAGCACUCCUGAUGCCCUUCACCCUCAAAUCCACACGGAAGAUCGUCCAUGUACGGCAGACGGGCCAACAUCACACGCCGGGGAAGGAUUACAAAUCGCGAGCACUACUGAGCGCGAAUAAACUGGUCAAUCAAGGCAUUGAAGUCGAGAAAGUGACAACAACCAAAGGGAAAGUUACUGUUCCAUACAGUGACUUGCAGAAUGUACUUGACCCGACCUUCAAAAAGUUCCUGAAAUUGGCUUUUGGACCUAAGGGAAUCUCAUCCUUGCAAGUGGUUGUCUUCGGAGACUUUUCCCACUACCGUUACGGCCUGUUCACGCACAAUUUGUUCAUCUGCCGAUCAAAUAAGGAAGAGGGGGCUGGCGGAGAGACCUUUCAGGUUUUUGAUGCCAGGGACCGGGAACAUGCUGAGAGGUGGGAAGAAUACCUUGACCCGCAGGAGGACUUUUUCAUAGCCUGUCCUACUGGGCCUUAUGUACCUAUUGAAGGCCAGGUUUACUGA